AUGGCUGGAAGAGGUGGAAGAAACCAUGAUGCGAUUGCUAAGGCUUUAGGGAUGAUUGCUGGCGUGCUUGGAGGGGAUCCCAAUGGAGCUGGUAUUGGUACUAACAAGCAGUUGGGAGAUUUUCAGAGGGACAAUCCUCCAAGAAUAUUCGAGGAAGAUAAUAUCAAGAUGAAGUCAUCUCACUCUCGCGACUUGGUUGAUAGGAAAGGUAAGAAGCAUAUGGAUAGAGGUAAGCCAUGUGGAAGAUGUAAAGCCGUUGAUUGGAAGAAGCCUAGUGGGGGAGACUCCAUUGCUUUUGUCAGAUGCUACAACUGUGGCGAGACGGUGUUAUUUCCUGAGGCUAUUAGUGCUGACGAUCUGGCUACAACUUCUAGACAAGUGAAUGAAGCCAUUGAAGACGGUGCAACAAUGUUCAUGUUGAUUGCAUUGACGAGCUUGAAGGCGAAGGUAGUGAGUAGUGAACUACCAGUGGUAUGUGACUUUUCGGAAGUUUUCCUAGAGGAUGUGAACGAGUUACCGCCAGAAAGAGAGAUAGAGUUUGCUAUUGAAUUAAUUUCGGGAAGUAUUCUUGUGUCGAUGGCACUGUAUCGUAUGUCACCAUCUGAGUUGGCUGAACUGAAGAAACAAUUGGAAGAAUUGCUUGAAAAGAAAUUCAUUUGUCCGAGUGUUUUUCCGUGGGGUGCGCCUGUGUUGUCGGUAAAGAAGAAAGAGGGUUCUAUGAGACUGUGUUUAGAUUACCAAUAA